AUGGACCCAGCCCUCCCUGCCUCCUCCGACCUCUCCCGACCUCCUCCGACCUCUCCCGAUCUCCUCCAACCUCUCCCUGCCUCUUACGACCUCCUCCGACCUCUCCCUGCCUCCUCCUACCUCUCCUUGCCUCCCCCGACCUCUCCCGACCUCUCCCUGCCUCAUCCGACCUCUCCCCGACCUCUCCCUGCCUCCUCAACCUCCUCCCUGCCUCCUCCGAACUUCUUCCUCCCUGCCUUCUCCGACCUCUCCCGACCUCCUCCUAGCUCUCUCUGCCUCCUCCGACCUCCUCCCUGCCUCCUCCGACCUCUCCCGACCUCCUCCUCCCGCUCUCUCUACCUCCUACCUCCUCCGACCUCCUCCCUGCCUCCUCCGACCUCUCCCGACCUCCUCCUAGCUCUCCCUGCCUCCUACAACCUUCUCAAACCUCUCUCUGCGUUCUCCGACCUCUCCCUACCUCCUCCGACCUCUCCCGACCUCCUCCGACCUCUCCCGACCUCCUCCGACCCCUCCCUGCGUCUUCCGACCUCUCCCGACCUCCUCCCUGCCUCCUCCGACCUCUUCCGAGCUCUCUCUGCCUCCUCCAACCUUCUCCACCCUCUCCCUGCCUCCGACCUCUUCCUAUCUCCUCCGACCUCUCCCGACCUCCCCCGACCUCCUCCGACCCCUCCCUGCGUCUUACGACCUCUCCCCGCCUCUUCCGACCUCUCCCCGCCUCCUCCUACAUCUCACGACCUCCUCCGACCUCCCAAGUGGCGUCUAAAUGAUAUAUAA